UGGCCCCUGCACUAAGGAUGACACGCUCAAUCAAAGAGAAGCUACCAAUUUUUUUCUCAAUUCUUUGAGAUCGACUUUUCGAUUGAAUGAAUACUAUGACGGUCAGGCGCGACCCGAUAUCUCUACCAUCCGGCGCACAUCUGCUUUGCCAUGCCGAUGGUCUCUGCCAGGCCUUUCUUUCCGCUCGUUGUUCACCUCUGUUUCCAUCGCCGCCGCUAGACGUUGAAAACCUCCGAGUAAACUCAACCACACCACAUUCUCUGGCCGUAUUCUUCGGCGCUUUGUGCUCGUAUACCCCAGGCUGCCACCUCGUGGACCUGACAGCGAAUCAUUCAUCCGGUAGUCGUGGGGCCCAGGACUCCAGCUACCCAAACUGCCGGGUCACGAACAAUGAGACCACACGAGCGGUUCCUUGUCCUUGUCCUCCUCAAAGCCGAAUCUUUAGGUCUAAGCCGAUGUCCAUGUCUCGAAGCCCCCAACGUUCCUCGUUUCACGCCAAACGUUGCGUAUACGAUGAAAAGCCUUUUCGGGUGACUGUGAAAGGAUACGCACGCGAUGUACUCUGAAAUCUUUGCUCAGUUUUUUCGUUUGGGCCUAACCGUCGAACGGCUGUCCACCAAGCUCCAAUGCCAAGACCCUGG